UGCUUGGAAAAUUCUUCUGCCCCAGGCGCAUGGGGCAAGUUCUCGCUAGGAUGAUUUCGCAACAACAAGUUUACCCCGUGGAGUGUCAUUUGUCUUGAGUCGUCGUGGAAAUCCGGGGCAGAUCAAGUAUAUAGCACCCCCAGUCUCCCGCUCUGUUCGCCUGCCUCCGCAUCAAUCCCAUCUUAGUUCUUCUUUCGGGCCCCCAGAGAUCAGCGUUCCAUCAUCCAUCAUGGGUCUUCUUGCCUUGGUCGAGGAUAGACCGACACCAAAGGAGGUGUACAACUGGCGCGUCUAUGCCUGCGCUGCUGUGGCCUCGUUCGCCUCUUGUAUGAUUGGAUACGACUCUGCUUUCAUCGGAACGACGCUGGCACUGCCCUCUUUCGUGGAUGAGUUUGGAUGGAACAAGAUGUCUUCUUCGCACCUCGCGACCGUCAAGGCAAACAUCGUCUCCGUCUACCAGGCCGGCGCUUUUUUCGGCGCCUUCUUCGCCUUCGCGUCCAACCACUUCUGCGGACGUAAGAUCUCACUCUACAUCUACUCCGUCGUCUUCUGCUUGGGUGCCGGCAUGAUGCUUGGUGCAAACGCACACCGCGGCUUGGGUUUGAUCUACGCUGGACGUGUUCUCGCUGGAAUCGGUGUCGGCGGAGCCAGCAUGGUCGUGCCCAUUUACAUCUCAGAGUUGAGCCCUCCCGCUGUGCGUGGACGAUUGGUAGGCGUGUACGAGUUGGGAUGGCAAAUUGGCGGUCUUGUGGGCUUCUGGAUCAAUUAUGGCAUCUCAGAGACUCUUGCCCCAUCUCAUUCCCAGUGGCUAAUCCCGUUUGCUGUUCAACUUAUUCCUGGAGGCCUGCUGCUCAUUGGAACGACUUGGUUAAGAGAGUCCCCGCGCUGGCUUCUUACCCAGAACAAGCGUGAAAAGGCGAUCAAAAAUCUGUGCUGGAUUCGUCAGUUGCCUGCUGAUCACAUCUACAUUGUCGAGGAAGUUUCGUUCAUCGAUGCGGCCAUUGAGGAGCAGAGCAAGGCGAUUGGAACCGGUUUCUGGAAGCCCUUCCUUGCGGUAAAGCGCAGCAGAAGUCUGCAGUGGAGACUCAUUCUAGGCUGCCUUCUUUUCAUGUGGCAAAAUGGCUCCGGCAUCAACGCCAUCAACUAUUACUCCCCGACCGUUUUCAAGUCGCUGGGCAUCAAGGGAACCAACAACGGCUUCUUCACCACGGGCCUGUUCGGCGUGGUCAAGACGGCCCUCACCAUUGUCUGGCUUUUGGUUCUCAUCGACCGUCUCGGUCGUCGCAAACUUUUGAUGAUUGGCAGUAUUGGCGGCUCCCUUUGCAUGUGGUACGUCGGAGCUUACAUCAAGAUUGCUGGCACCGACAGUUCCUCAAAUCCUAACGCUUCUCUGACCGGUGCCGGUGUCUCUGCCAUCUUCUUCUUCUACUUGUGGACGGCUUUCUACACUCCGUCCUGGAAUGGAACCCCUUGGGUGCUCAACUCUGAAAUGUUUCCUACGUCGACCCGUGCACUUGGUCAAGCAAGUGCAUCGGCAUCAAACUGGUUCUGGAACUUCAUCAUCUCGCGCUUCACCCCUCAAAUGUUCCUCACAAUGUCCUACGGUGUAUAUUUCUUCUUCGCCUCCUUGAUGAUCCUCUCCGUUCCUUUCGUCUAUUUCCUUGUCCCUGAGACGAAGGGUGUGCCUCUUGAGGCGAUGGAUCGCUUGUUCCAAGUUCACCCAGUUCGUAAGGCUCACAAGAUUGUCAUGGAGGAACUCAUCCGUGAGGAGGAAUCAUUCAGACAUGAUGCUGAAGGAGCCGGUUUGGAGAUCGCAAAGGAGCACCUCAAGGCUGCACAUGUGGAGAAGGUUGUUGCUCAAGUCUAGAAAGAUCUCUCACAGGGAAUUUGCGAGUGUGUAUGAAUACCAGGUACUAGCUUAACUCGUCAAUUCAUUUGUUCAGAAAGAGCAAAUGUAAUUCAAUCAUGAGCAUGAAAUGUCGAUCUUGUUCAGCCUUUCUUCCAUCUUUUUGGCUGCUGCCUUGGCAUCCUUC